AUGGAAUUUCGCGUUUACAGUGCUGAUGUGAUGCCUCCAUUUCGUGAACGCCUUGGAACGGGAUGCACGAAGGACAGUUUGGAUUCGGGAAUCGAUGUGCAUCCCAAACAAACAAAAUUAGAAGCGACAACUUCGAUGAAAGUCAAGAAAAGCAAAAGAUCAAGAAGGCAGACAAGGAAAGUUAUUAUACCCGAAGAUACAACAAGGGAACAUGUAGAAGAUGCUAUUGUUAUUGGACUUUGGCUGAUCGUUCUAUUUUGCACAAACCUUUACUUCGGUCUUCCAUUCGAAAUAAUGAUGCCAGCACGAAUAAAUCACGUUGCUGUUGCAUUCAGCUAUCUUCUCAUCGGCUUCUGGUUGACGUGCGCUUUCAUCGUCUACAUAAAAAGGCAACCCAGCUCUCUUACAUGGGCGAAGCGAUUCCCGAAAACAUUCGCGUUGGCGUGGAUUUCGCUUUUGGCCGGUUUCGCUGUAUUUUACUUUGCGACCUUCAAUCAACUAAAUAACUGGGCUUUGAUGAUCAUCGCCUUCUACUUCACCUUCUUCCUCACCAUCAACAUGUCAUUUUUGUAA